UACUGAUUUGCAUUACAAAAAUGCUAUUUAAAAUAUAAAUACAUUUUUGUAAGAAGAGUUUAAUAUUAUUUAAAAAAGUAUGUGUAUUAAAAGUUUGAAUUUAAAUAAACAGUAUUUUGAGUAAAUAGCUAGGAGUAAAUAGUUUUUUGUUGCAACUUAAUGCAGUGCCACCAUUUUUAAUUUUCGUGUUUAUUUUGUGAUCGAAAUUCUGUGUGUGAUUUGGGAUCAAGAAGUCCGAAUGUAUAACCGAUCAUGCUACGUACAUACUAUUUAAGACGUUGGUCAUAGUUAUGAUUAUGCAGCGGUGAAACAGAGGAAGUAGACAUUACGGCUUUGUGCGACUAGCUUGCGCUAAUGGCAGGUCAUGGUUGCAUUGGUGUGGGUGGUGGAGGAGGAGGAGGAGGAACUGGUGGAAGUGGAGGUAAUGUAGGCGUUGGAAGUGGUGUGUGUGGAAAUGGAGGAACUUCAAAUGCAGGCGCGACCACCCAUGCCGUGGUCGUGUGGGAAUACGAGUCUGGUAAUAGCAAAUGGUUACCUUAUAGCCCAGAUGUCUCUCAACACUUGGAACGUGCGCAUGCUAAGAAGCUAACACGUGUGCUUUUGAGUGAUGCCGAUCCACAACUCGAGCAAUAUUAUGUGAAUAUACGAACCAUGACACAAGAGUUGGAAGAAGAUUCAGGAUUUUCUACCAUUAGUGUACGGCGUAUGUUCUAUGCACCCAGUUCCCCUCCAGGUAAGGGUACAAAAUGGGAGCGGUUAGGCAGUGCAGGUCCUGGAGAUUGGCAUCCUUUCAAUAUGCAUUUGCAGUGUAUAAUCGAAGAUGCUUGGUCGAAGGGAGAACAACGAUUGGAUCUUUGUAAAACAAGAUUUAGUUCACCAUACAUCAUUAAUUUUUGUAAUUUAACACAAAUUCGUCAGCCGAAUGGACCAAUACGUAGCAUUCGUCGUUCACAGCAAGCGCCUUACCCAUUGGUAAAAUUAACGCCACAAGAGCAACAAAAGUUAAAUGGUAAUUUUUUAGUAUUUUGGAAUAACAUCUAUAAUGAUUUUUUUACGAAAAGAAUUAAUACUUUAACCAAAACUUCUGCCGUAAUAAUAGAUGCGAAACAGCUACAACAGCGCAUUACAUCGCAUAACAAUGGACUUCCCACGACAUCGUUCUCUCAUUCAAGUCGGCAGGCUCAGCCGUUGCCUCCAAUGGCAGCGAUGUCCGGUCAACAUAUUCCACAUGGCCACCACCAGCAGCAACUACCGCAACUACACCACCAUAGCCACCCCCACCUGCAAACAUCUUCUGCGCAUAUGCAUUCACAACAUCGCAGCAAAUCAAACAAAAAGAAUGGAGAAAUUUCCACUACGAAUUUGCGGCACAUUCUCAACAAUCUGAACAUAUUUGGAAGUAGCACAAAAAGCGCCAGUCCGAAUAUGAACAACAAUAGCAGUGCGGCAAAAUCUGGGCAAUCCAUUGCUCCAUCAGUAAAUCAUUUGGGCAUGCAAUUCACGCACCCGAAAACUACAUUAACAGCGUCAAUGAAGAGCCAUCACAGUCGUUGUUCUGAUGGUUCCUUACAGUCUCAGCGUAGCAGUCGUUUGGGUUCGCAUCGGUCGCGUUCACGCACACGAGCUUCAGACACGGACACAAAUAGCAUGAAAUCGACUCGACGCCCAAGUGUUGACACAGUUUCCACAUAUCUAUCGCAUGAAAGCAAAGAAAGUCUGCGCAGUCGCAAUUUCGCCAUAUCUGUAAACGACCUGCUUGACUGUUCAUUGGGUAGUGAUGAGGUAUUUAUACCAUCGUUGCCACCUUCCUCUCUGGGUGAGCGUGCACCGGCACCUCCACCUCUUCCACAUCAUGCGAGUUCUUUAAAUUUACCACCUUCUGUUGGAACUGCCGGCGGUUCUGUUACAGUAGUAGCAACGCUUCACAACACUCAUCAUCAAUCUCAGCAGCAGCUCGUAUCGUCAGCGCAACAGUCGGCUAUUGCUGGCUCAAUUGUGGGUGUGGAUCCUGCGAGCGAUAUGAUUUCACGAUUUGUUAGGGUCGCAGAGCCACCAGUGUGGCCUAACGCUCAGCCGUGUCCGAUGUGUAUGGAAGAGCUGGUGCAAAACGCGCAGAAUCCCACCAUUGCGUUAACUCGCUGUCAGCAUUUAAUGCAUUUACAAUGUCUCAAUGGCAUGAUCAUAGCGCAGCAAGGUGAAAUGAGCAAGAAUCUUUUUAUUGAAUGUCCAGUGUGUGGCAUCGUUUACGGCGAGAAAGUUGGUAAUCAACCGAAUGGAACUAUGUCGUGGAGCAUUAUUAGUAAAAGUUUACCGGGACAUGACGGUCAAAAUACCAUACAAAUAGUUUACGAUAUUGCAUCUGGCGUACAAACCGAAGAGCACCCACAUCCAGGUAGAGCUUUCUUCGCUGUAGGAUUCCCGCGUGUCUGCUACCUACCCGACUGCCCGCUUGGUCGCAAAGUAUUGCGCUUCCUGAAAAUUGCCUUUGACAGGCGCCUACUGUUUUCAAUUGGCCGUUCGGUAACCACAGGCCGUGAAGAUGUUGUAAUUUGGAAUAGUGUUGAUCACAAAACACAAUUCAAUAUGUUCCCAGAUCCAACGUAUUUACAACGUUGCAUGCAACAGUUAGUACACUUGGGUGUUACAGAUUAAUAUACGCCAGUUUGAAUCAUAUAAGAAAUGCCUACCGCAUUAUAGCAUAUUUCAUAUAUCCAUGAGAUAUGAAAUUUUACUUUUAUUAUUAUUUAAUUAGAGUGCAAUUUGAAAGUGUUUCAAAGUAAAUUGUGUUUGAGUGGCUCGAACAAUAAACAACCAAGUGACUUUUAUGUUGCGGCACCUGUAAAUUCUAAAGACAAUGCUUGCUGAAUUGCAGCAUACAUAUAUACAUAUUUUCAUAAGCUUUAAAAGUGUAGAUUUAACAAAUUGAUGAGACUUCCUUGAAUGUUCUUCCAUUUUACUUUGUAUUUUUAGGUAGUUUUAUUGCCAUUAACACAUGUAUGUAUGUAUUUAGCUCAAAUAGUUUUUUUUUAUCAUAUAAUAUUUGUUCAUUAUUCACUACUAAGCAAUUUAUAAUUCCUUCGUUGCGACAUUGUGGCAAUUUUUGCAUACUAUACACAUACAUAGAUAUUUUUAAUAUAGUAUAUAUAUGAGGUGCAACGGAUUUGCGUUCUUCCAUCGAAUGUAGGCAAUAAAAAUAAAUAGCAUUAAGCAAGUUAAUCAAUAUUGUGUGCCACCUUAGAUAGUCUUACAAUGAAUCAACAUUAGUUAAAGAAACACUCAUAAUGUUGAGGCAACUGUUACACAACAUAUUACAUUCCCUACAAUAUUUAUUUAGGGUGCGAUAGCGGCAAACUUUUAGUAAAAAAAAUACUUCCAUUUGAUUAUAUCCUAACCUAAAAAGUCGCUGUCGCUUAUCUCAAGUAUUGCCAAACGAAUAAAAUUUCUUUUUAAUUAGAAAAGGUUUUUUUUCAUAAAAUAUAAGCUAUGUGAAUCUCCUAGAUGUUAAGGACCUUCUCCUGUGUAGAUGUAAAGAAAAAUAUAUAUAUUUGUGAUUUUUUACGGCACGAUUUUAUCGGUUUUUUACUAGUUAAGAAGUGUUUCGUUAUAUUUUAUAAAUAAAUCAUUUGCAUGUUUUAAUAAUACUUAAAUGUGUAGGAAUAUGAUCGUAAGUGGAACUGAUUAGUUAGUUUUAUUGAAAUUUCCAUGUGCCGCUGCUGAAUAUCUAUUUUGUUUUUAUUAAAAAAAUAAUCACAUAACGUGGGCUUUUAGUUUAGUUUAUAAUUAGAAUUUGAACUAUUUUAAUUUUUAAAUUUAAAGUUAAGUUUAAUUUUAUGCACAUGAAAUUAUUGUUUGAGUUAAGAAACAUUUUUGCAUUCCCUUUUUAUG